AUAUUCUCAUGUGUUGCUAUGGUUAUAACAAAUAGUUGUAAUUUAACACUCCAUGCACUUGCAUAACUGAGUCUCUUGCAUCUGUCAAAAGCAGACUGUAAUAUUUAUAAGUGAAUAUUUAAGGAAAGUGAGUAUACAGGAUGCAAACUCUUUACAAGCCGCAAAUUAUAUGUCACAUUGAGCAGUCGCUAGAUUUCUCAGUUUUUGAAAGUAGAUGGAUUCCAUGCUCGGCAAAGUUUGUGGUCUUGGGAUCACAUCCCCGGGGAACUGGUGUUAUUCGUAUCUAUGAAAUAUCGAGUGGAAAACUAGAUCUUAUUACAGAGGAGGAGAAAAGCUCUGCAUUCAAAUGUGGAACAUUUGCUGCUUCAUCCUUGAGAAACAGGCACUUGGCAACCGGAAAUUUUGAAGGAAAACUACAUAUUUGGAACCUGGAGAAUUUGUCAGUACCUGUUUAUACAGCCAAAGCUCAUAAUGAAAUAAUCAAUGCAAUCGAUGGCGUUGGAGGUCAGACUGUGGGCUGUGGUGCCCCAGAAAUUGUUACUGGCAGCAGAGAUGGAAGUGUAAAAGUAUGGGAUUCGCGACAGAAAGAGCGUCCUGUCGCCAUUAUGGAACCGUCCGAAGGUGAAACUUGUAGAGACUGCUGGACUGUCGCAUUCGGCAACUCAUUCGAUUCAGAAGAACGUGUUGUAUGCGCAGGAUACGAUAACGGAGAUAUAAAAUUGUUCGAUUUAAGAAAAAUGGAACUUCGGUGGGAGACAAAUAUAAAAAAUGGCGUUUGUGGGCUCGAGUUCGAUAGAAAGGAUAUAAAAAUGAAUAAAUUGGUGGCCACUUCGCUGGAAGGUAGUUUCAAUGUGUUUGAUAUGACCGAGCAACAUCCUAAAAAAGGGUUCGGCAGUCUUACUGAGAAGGCACACAAAUCUACGAUAUGGGUCCCCAGACAUCUUCCGCAGAAUCGAGAUGUUUUUGUGACCUGCGGUGGAACAGGUUCUCUGUGUUUAUGGAAAUA